AGCUGAGUUCACUCUCACCUUGGAUCUGGAUUACAGCAACUCUCCUUCUCUGCUGACACAAUCUGUGGAUUAUUAGCACUUACAGGGUUUAUAUCAGAAUGGAACUUACUCACAUCAUCCUUCUCCAUCUGAGUUACCUGGCUGUCCUGGGUUCAGCUGCAGCGAUAAUGGAAUUGAGAAAAGACCAAAAAAUGUGGGGUUUAAUAGAACAGCAUCGGAUCAGAAGAGAUUUGCUGAGUGAUACCCAGAAUUCUGCACAACUAACUGAUGAAACGUCCCAAUCCGCUUUGAUCAAGCCGGAGGAUAUAAUGGACCCCCUGGUUCCUUCCAGCAGUAACGCUGCCCACAUUCGUGUGAAGAGAUACAGACACAGCUCAAACCAUUUUAACAACGUCCACUCUCUCCGAGUGGGCUGCAGGUUUGGAACAUGCACUAUUCAGAACCUGGCCCAUCAGAUCUACCAGUACACCGACAAAGACAAGGACAGCACAGCACCGGCCAGGAAGAUCAGCUCCCAGGGCUACGGCCGCAGGAGAAGGUCUGUCCCAGACAACAGACUUCUCCUAACUCUGGUCGAUGGUAAACUAACCCCAUCAUGGGUUCGCACCAGCCAGACAUCUAGACCUGACCAGGAGAGAGACACCUGGAGAAAGGGCAAGUUAUGGGGAGCCCUGCUCAGCACUUAAACCAGACUGUACCAUAUCGAACGCAACUGGAUUUGGGGCUAAAUCUCUGCCCUGGAGGGCUAGUGAAACUGCAGGUGCCAACCAAGAGAUGCACAGACAGAGCUGAGAAGGAAAAGAUGAGCCAAAAUUGCCUUAAAGUAUUGACUUGGAAUGAAGAAUUGCAUCGUUGUGGUCUGGUCGCGGUUCGUCCAGAUUUUUGGACAUUUCACCAACCAUUUGAGGAUUUCUAUGGCCAACACAGGAUGUAGUAAUUUUGCACUUGUAAGGACGAUUUGUUGAACUUGGCACUGAAUGGACAUGAAAUGCAGAACUGAAUGCUAAUCGAGGAGUGCUGGGGGUCUUCCUGUUAAACGUUUGGUUGCAAGAUCCCUGUACUCGUCACCAGAGUUGGGAGCACUCACCUAUGCUCAGUGCUGUAGGGGGUAGGUGCUGCAAUACAUAGGCCGGGCGAUUUGCAAUUUGGAUUUGCCACAACAAGUCUUUAUAAAGCUGAACGGACAGACCUCAUGGGCUACGUUGCCCCAAUUUCUUUAACUUCUGGUUACUGGAGAAGCCGGCUGUAAUGCAGGUAUCUCUGGAAGCACAUUAAUUCCCCAACCCCUACCCACCUCCUCCUGUUCUAUUAUUGCCAAUGGACUUGUUACAGAGACUCUAAUCCCGAUUACUUGUAAAGGGCAGUCUGGAUAAAAUGUAAUUGGUUCCUUGUGAACUUUACCAAAUACUUGAACUUCAACCUUAAAGUGCAAUUUUUUUUAUUUUAACGUGCGUGUGUGUGUGUGUAAGUCAGAUUCCUAUAUUUAAAAUGCUACUGUUUAUAUGUUGUACGUCUUCAAAACAAAAGUUAUUUUUUUACGUUCUAUUUUAUCUAAGGGCAUUAUAUCGCUUAUUUUAUUAA